AUGGACACCGGUGUGAUUGCAGGCGGAUUGCAUGUCACUCUCACCAUCUGGCUACUUAUUCACGGUAAGGAAGUUGUAAGCAUUAUUGGAAAGAAAGGAGAAUCGGUCAAGAAGAUGCGUGAAGAGAGUCGUGCGCGUAUCAACACCUCAGAAGGGAAUUCUCCUGAGAGAAUAAUUACUCUGGCUGGACCCACCAAUGCCAUCUUUAAAGCCUUUGCAAUCAUUAUUGACAAACUGGAAGAGGACAUCAGCCGCUCUAUGACCAAGAGUACAGCUGCCAGUAGACCCACAGUCACCCUGAGGCUUGUGGUCCCUGCUAGCCAGUGUGGAUCUCUCACUGGAAAAAGAGGAUGCAAGAUCAAGGAAAUAAGAGAGAGUACAGGGCCUCAGGUCCAGGUGGCAGGGGAUAUGCUACCAAACUCAACUGAGCGGGCCAUCACUAUUGCUGGCAUCCCGCAAUCUAUCAUUGAGUGUGUCAAACAGAUCUGCAUGGUCAUGUUGGAGUCUCCCCCCAAGGGCGUGACCAUCCUGUACCCAUCCAAGCAGUCCAUCUCCCCAGUCAUCUUUUCAGGUGGUAAGGACAAGUACAGCAUGGGCAGUGACAGUGCGAGCUUUCCCCACACCACCCCGUUCAUGUGCCUCAACCCUGACCUGGAGGGACCACCUCUAGAGGCCUAUACCAUUCAAGGACAGUAUGCCAUUCCACAGCAAGAUUUGACCAAGCUGCACCAGUUGGCAAUGCAACAGUCUCACUUUCCCAUGAUGCAUGGCAACACUGCAUUCAGUGGCAUUGAAUCCAGCUCUCCAGAGGUGAAAGGCUGUUGGGGUUUAGAUGCAUCUGCUCAGACUACUUCUCAUGAACUCACCAUUCCAAAUGACUUAAUUGGCUGCAUAAUCGGGCAUCAAGGCACCAAAAUCAAUGAGAUUCGUCAGAUGUCUGGGGCUCAGAUCAAAAUUGCCAAUCCAGUGGAAGGAUCUACUGAUAGGCAGAUUACCAUCACUGGAUCUGCUGCCAGCGUUAGCUUGGCCCAGUAUCUAAUCAGUAUCUGA